AUGGCGGGCUCCUUGCGGCUGUCUCUGGUGGACACUCAGCUCAAGCACUUCAAGCUGAGUCUUCAAGCCUUGGCCAAGAUUGGAACGGAUCUCCUCAUCGAGGCCCUGCCGACGCGUCUCAUCCUGCGGUGCAUCAACCCCUCCCGCUCCGCCUACCUGUCGCUCACCUUUCACGCCUCGUGCUUUGAUGCCUAUGACGUGUUCCGCUCGGAGGUCGUCCAAGCGGGGGUGCUCAUGAAGCAAGUAUUGGCAGUAUUCAGGACUCAGCGCAUUAAUAGACUUAACCUGGACCUUGGGUCCGACGGUGACUGGCUGGAGGUGGUCAUCUUCUGUGACAGCGGGCUCCGCAAAACAUUCCGCAUGCGGACCACGGAGGCCGAGAUCCUGCAGGCGUCGGUGGAUCGAGCAGGGUUCCCCAUCACCCUCACAGCUGAGACACAGUCCCUGGCCAGGCUGCUGGCCAGUUUCCAGUGGGGCCUAGAGGAACUGACCCUGGUUGCUGUCCCAUCCUCGGCAUCAGACCCCAACGGAGCCGUACAGCUGCACAGCCACGCAGACCCCAGCAGAGGUGACAAUGGUCAAGGCGCUCUCGUGACCAAGCUGGCCAUUGACGCUCGCCGGACUUUCCUCGAGUACCAGCACACGACGGAUGGUGUGCGGUCUGUGACCUUCAAUGUCAAGGACUUCAAGGCCAUGCUCUCACUUUGCGAGCACCUCGGCCGCCCCUUGGUGCUGAGGAUGGAGGGCCCCGGCCUGCCCUUGAUGGCAGAGCCAGGGGGGGAGGGGGGCGGGGAGCUGGAGGCGCAGCUGGUGCUGGCCACGCUGAUGGAGGGCAACGACGGCCUGACCCAGGCAACUGGAGGGGCACCCGCCCCAACGCAGCCAGAAGUCCACACGGAUGACUCUGGCGCCAGUCGGCAGCGUGCCGGCCCGAGUCAGUCGCUGCUGGAGGCGUCGGCACGGAGAUUGGCAUCAGUGACGGAAACCGACGUCAACGAGGCAGUGGUAUGGGACCUAGACGACCAAGGGAUCCCGCAAAUGUUCCUGGAUGCCUAUUUCGACGCCAUCAAGCAAGAAAAUGCCAAGUGA